AUGCCGACACUUGACGGUUCCCACGCCAGCAUGCCUAACAACAAUACACAAGACCAGAAGAAGGGACACAUGGGAGGCCUCCCGUCUGAACUUCAGUGCCAGAUCAUCGGCUACCUCGACAUCCCAUCCGUGCUGCAGAUGCAAUGCGUAUCCACGCACUGGAGGACAAUGAUAACCUCCUGCAUGAACCUUGACAGUGUCAUGGAUCCAGACCGUCGGACGUUCCUCAAGAUCUUUAACAAGGCCCAAGCAAGUAAAGCCUUUAUACCACACGCCUCCAAGGACGAGUCCCACCGAUUUCAAAGAAGACUCCAGAACAACUUGUUCGAGAUUUCCGAACAGAAGCCUCAUCAAAACUCGGAUGAAGGCUACCUACCCCUAAGUGGCACGAGGACACACCCACUUAUUUUCGAAAACCUACCUGUUGUACUUGAGGAGGAAACCAAAUCCCCUUCGCUCCACACCUGGCUGAGUGAAUGGCCGAGGCAGGCUGUCAUGGACGGCAUGUGGGGCGAAUAUAGAAAUAUAGAUCGUUACUUCCCAAACCCUUGGGGGGAGGGAGUUCCUUAUGCGAAAUUUCCAAUCACAAUCUACGACCUGGGAACAGGAGCAGACCUGGGAACAACAGCAGUAGUCAUCGCAGUUCUACUGCGUGAUAGACCGAAUCUUUUUCCUGUAUCGCCUAAAUAUUCGCCCGGGAAUGAAUUUACCCUGUUGGUUAUUAGCGGUGGAGGCGAACUGAAUGGACACAUCAUAAAGGCUGGCCAUUUUGGAGGGUACGGGUUCUAUACUUACUCAGUGGACUGUAUUAAGUUCGAGGACUGGCUCUCGAUAUACGUCGAUGCUCUGGAGAUCAUAAAACGCGAAGGAAGUUUUGCGUUUUGCGGACCUAUUAAUGCCUUGGGGAAUAGCUUGAGGAUUUAG